AGCAGGAUUGGUAUACAAUAUUGUUAUUGGUAUAUAUUGGUCUAAUUCGUACAUGGAGAUGGGCUGCAAAUGUUUUAACGACAUGAGGAAGCUGCGGCCCUACCAGAGUCACGACUGAACUCUUGCGGUGUUCACACCGAUCCCGCCUAUAAUCCAAAACUGAAACUCGUACCUAUUUCAUCCCACGUAAUAUUGCAUUCCUCUGGUGUUAAUUUCUAUGUAUAUGUGUGUGUGUCUGCGUCUGUGUCUAUGUUUACGUGUUCUGUCGACUGAAGCGUUUUCCACUAUGAAGCCACGGAAAUUCAUGCAUAGAUAGUGUGUCUCACGCUUGUUAUGUGGAGUUGUACUUGGGAGAGGGCACCGAUUACGUCUUCAACUUAAUAUACACAUAGUCGCAUUCUAUCCAUGGAUGCUCUUCUGCGAUUAACAUACAUAUUGUGUAUCACUCCUUUUCUGUGCAGUGAAUAUGGCUACAAAAGCAUUUGCGAGUGUGAAGUCACUGCAGCCCUUCCAGAGGUUCGGACCAACGGCUGCAGGAUUGGCACUGAUUCCGUUUUUGCCAAUGAUCUGCGAUGAACCGGUGGAGAAGAUAGUAGACACGGCGUUUGACACGCUCUGGCCCACUAAAAAGCAUGCGCGUCAGGACUUAGUAGAGUCCGCUCCCGAGACGAAGAAGGAACUAUAAAUGAACUGGCUGGUAUCUCGCAUCUGAGGCGAAAUUAAUAUUUUGGCAUGGAAUGGGAGAAUAAGCUGAGUUUGUGAGAUUCACUCGAUAGUAUCAUUGUCGGUCUCAAUUGCGGAUGAACUGCUGGAGACUUGGAUACCAAUGUGUAGCAUAGAAGCAGACUCGCCAGGACUUAGUAUUGUCCGCCACCGAAGCCGACGAAGAAGUAGAAUGGGGGAUGAAUGUUAGCUGAUUCCAGGAAGUGAACACAACAGGAUGGAGUAAACCCGAAAUCUAGGGUGAAUCUGGCUAGAUCUGUUUAUGAGGAACGGUGGAAAACAUAGUCGACACAGUAUUCACCACAUCACGACCUAUCGAACAGCAUGCAUAAAAUGACUCAGUAGAGUCCACUGUCGAGGUGUAGAUUGAAGUGUAACCCUAUGAGAUCUGCGUUGUAUAGUACAUGUAGUAUGAUGAACAGUAGGGAAAUAAACAUAUGCAUUGCUAGUAUAUA